CCGGGACCCGGAAGUGCGGGCUCACGUGCUCCCGCCCUCUCGGAGGCCUCGGAUAAGAAUGGCCCUGGAACAGAAGAACAAACGGAAGAAAAAGAGGAGUGCGCGGGAGGGAGAGAACCCGGAGGACGGCGCUUGUGGGAAUCUGGCAGGAGACUAUGAGGUUGGACAAGUCGCCAGUAGUUUAUUCAACGGCAAGCGGCCCUCCAGAGGCAGCACGGGUCGGCUGGCUUCCCUCUUCGGCUCUUUGGAGCCUCAGCUUCAACCCGUGUAUGUGCCUGUUCCUGAAGAAACCACCAAAAAAAGGAAACGGGAUGAGGAGGAAGAAAGUUCAUCCCAAAUCCAAAGACCGCUUUUGCAAGAACCUGCCAAAAAAAUGAAACUGAAGAAGAAACUUUCUGAUGCAGACCGAAAGUUGGCAAACAGAGAAAAUGCUUUAGCAAGUGCUGAUUUAGAAGAAGAAAUUCACCAGAAACAAGGGAAGAAAAGGAAAAAUUCUCAAUCUGGUAUUAAAAUUGCCGAUAAAGAAGUACUUGAUGAUGUAGAUCACACAGCUGUAAAUCAAAGAAAGAAAAUUCAAACCAACCAAGAAGAGAGAUUAAAGAAUGAGAGAACUGUGUUUGUUGGGAAUUUGCCUGUCACCUGUAAUAAGAAGAAGCUGAAGUCAUUUUUUAAAGAGUACGGACAGAUAGAAUCUGUACGAUUUCGUUCUCUGAUUCCAGCAGAGGGAAUUUUGUCCAAAAAGUUGGCAGCAAUAAAACGUAAAAUUCAUCCUGAUCAGAAAAAUAUUAACGCUUAUGUUGUGUUUAAGGACAAGAGUGCUGCUACAAAAGCACUGGAAAGAAAUGGGGCCCAAAUUGCAGAUGGAUUUCGUGUUAGAGUGGAUCUUGCAUCUGAGACCUCAUCUAGGGACAAGAGAUCUGUAUUUGUGGGGAAUCUCCCAUACAAAGCUGAAGAAUCUGCGGUUGAGAAACACUUUCUGGACUGUGGGAACACUGUGGCUGUAAGGAUCGUGCGGGAUCAAGUUACAGGAGCCAGCAGAGGCUUUGGCUACGUGCUCUUUGAGAAUACAGAUGCUGUUCAUCUUGCUCUGAAAUUAAAUAACUCUGAACUGAUGGGAAGAAAACUCAGAGUCAUGCGUUCUGUCCAUAAAGAAAAAUUAAAACAAAAUUCAAAUCCUAGUUUGAAGAAUGUCAGUAAACCUAAGCAGGGACCUAAUUUUUCUUCAAAAAAUGCACAACAUUCUAAAACUUUGUUUAUCGGAGAAAAAGCUGUUCUCAUGAAGAAGAGAAAGAAAGGACAGAAGAAAAGUGCUAAGAAACAGAAAAAACAGAAGUAGCUAUCCGAAGCCUUUUCUUUGUUUUCCCCACUGACUACUGGUAAUAAAAUUGUGGUAAAUCCAUGUAUUGAAUUUCAGGAUUUUUUUACAUAUUGUGAAACAUGGACACUUUUUCAGUUAUUCACAUUGCAAUAGUACCUUUGAAUCAUUUGUUUCAAGGUGUAGGCAGAUCAGUCACCAUGUUAAUACUGCUGAUGGUAUGAGAUGAUUUUAGAUGUAGGGUGAACAUUUAGAAUUUUAGCGUUUAUGUAUUAUUUUACCAUAUGUUGGAAAUAAUUAACACUUCAGAGAGUUAUUUUAAGAAUUACUUGGGAUGAGACUAAAAGUGAGUAAAUUUAAAGAAAGUGAAGUAACCUUAAUACUGAUUGUAUCUAGACAAAGUAAAUAAUUAAAGUGGGAAUACUGAUUGAUCUAAGGUCAAAUCAUAAUCCCUAAGAAGUAAAGUUUUGAGGUUUGGUAUAUAAUAGCCACUCAUUUUUCUUCCUUCCUCUUGCACUUAGGAUAAGUGGAGUUCUGGGUUUUAAUUUUAUUUCAUCAACCUAAUAACUAACCAACAGGGAUUCUGUAUCAACUGUUGCUCUGAUUUUUUAUUCUUAAUUGGUGAUUAGACUGGUUAUUAAAGUUCUUGGUAAAUUGGC